AUGCUGGCGCUCCGCACCCUCACUCCCGCCCAAAAGACACAGCUUCGGAAUGCCUUCACCUUGAUAGACGGCGAUUCUCGAGACUCCAAAAUCACAAAAGAAGAUUUGGUUCAUUUGCACCAAUCUUUGGGACUUGCAACUCCUUCAAAUAAGGAGCUUGAACAAAUGUUAUCUAUUGGUUCUAACGGCGAAGUUACGUUUAAUCUGUUUCUGAGCACCAUAGCUGAAGAAGUUCAAAAAUUUGGCGAUGUAACAGCAAUCUACGAAGCGGUAAAAGUGUUCUCCGAAGACACAAAAAAUAACGAUAUUGUAGUUGAUGUUGACCAGCUCAAAGAUGCGUGCUGUUCGGUACAGUUGGGAGGCAUUGGCUCGGGUGACCAUCGCUUGGAAAGAGCUCGUUUUGAUAAACUUGUGGAUGGGUUUAUACGAGAACAAAAUGAUGGAAAGAAGUUGUUUAUGGCUUCAAAGUGGAUCAAUGCGUAUAUUGAGUAA